CCCAUGCAGUACGUCAGCACACGGGGAGGCGCGGGGGCUGUGGACUUCGAGGGAGCCCUCUUCUCCGGCUACGCACCCGACGGCGGCCUCUUCAUGCCCCAGCGCAUCCCCUCGCUGGAUGGGGACACCCUGCGGCGGUGGAGCCGCCUCUCCUACCGAGAGCUGGUGAAGGAGCUCUGCUCCCUCUUCAUCCCGGCUGCGCUGGUCCCCCCGAGCACGCUCAACGACCUGAUCGACAGGGCAUUCAGCAGGUUCAGACACAAGGACAUCAUCCAUCUGUCCAGGCUGAAGGAUGGGCUGAAUGUUUUGGAGCUGUGGCAUGGAGUUACUUAUGCUUUUAAGGACCUGUCCUUGUCCUGCACUGGGCAGUUCUUACAGUACUUCUUGGAGAAACAGCAGAAGCAUGUCAGUAUCCUGGUGGGGACUUCAGGGGACACAGGGAGCUCAGCCAUCGAGAGUGUGAGAGGGCAGAAGAACAUGGACAUCUUUGUUCUGCUGCCCAAGGGGUUCUGCACCCAGAUACAGGAACUCCAGAUGACCACAGUCAUUGAAGACAACGUCCAUGUCUUUGCAGCUCGUGGGAACAGUGAUGAAAUCGAUGAGCCCAUCAAGGAGCUGUUUGCUGAUGUGGACUUUGCCAGAAAGUACAACCUGAUGAGCCUGAACUCUGUCAACUGGUCCAGGAUCAUGGUGCAGAUCGCUCACCACUUCUACGCUUACUUCCAGUGUGCCCCAUCCCUGGGUACCACCCCUCUGCCAGUGGUGGAAAUUGUUGUGCCAACAGGAGGAGGAGGAAACAUCACAGCUGGCUGCAUUGCCCAGAGGAUGGGGCUGCCCAUUCGACUUGUUGCCGUGGUUAACAGCAAUGACAUCAUUCACAGGACUGUGCAGCAUGGAGAUUUCUCCCUGUCCCAGAGUGUGAAGGCCACCUUGGCAUCAGCCAUGGAUAUUCAGGAGCCUUACAACCUGGAGAGGAUCCUGUGGCUGCUGUCGGGCUCGGACAGCCGCCUGACGCGGGCACUGAUGGAGCAGUUCAGAAGGACCAAGAGCCUGCAGCUGCCACAGGACUUGCACAGGAAGCUGUCCGAGACCCUGCACUCCUGCUUGGCCUCGGAUGAGGACAUCGUGGGAGCCAUGCGGCGCUGCUGGGAGGAGAACCUCUACCUGCUGUGCCCACACUCAGCUGUGGCUGCUCACUACCACUACUGCCAGCCCGAUGGCACACCAAGGUGUUGCUUAGCUCCAGCCUCUCCAGCCAAGUUUCAAGAGGCUGUGCUCCGAGCUGGCCUGGCUCCCCAGCUCCCUCCUGGAAUCUCAGCCUUGACAGCCAUGGAGACCAGAUCCAUCCGCCUGGAGCGGGACCAGGACUGGGCACAGCUCCUCCGGGAGCGGAUCGCAGCAGCAGCAGAGCGGUGGGGGGCAGCU